CUGUCCGUAUUCAGUGUAGCAUUUAUUCGGCAACCACAUUCAUCUACAAUGAAAUUCAAACAGUUCAGUAGGAAAGUCAUUGACACGAUCAACGUAGAGCAAGUUCCACCCGAAAAAACUGUCGAAAAAUCCAUUAAAAUAGCACCGGUGGACCGUUUGAUCAACACCGGAUCGGUGUUCCUGCCCUGGUUUAAAAACCAAUUGAAAGAACUUUGUGAAGCAACUGCUCUGCAUGGAUACAGUCAAAUAGUCCGCGAAGGAUAUACCCCUAUUGAGCGUGGAAUCUGGAUUUUCUCGGUGUGUUCGGCUUUCAUCACUGCCAUAGUUCUGCUGUGGAUUUCGUGGACAUGGAAUGCCGAAACGCCGACAUAUACCGUCAUCGAGAGCACCAACUAUGCCACCUGGAAUAUCCCUUUUCCGGCGGUUACGAUUUGCAAUUUGAACAAAAUCAAUUACGCCAGUGCGUUGAAACGGGCUGAGAGCAUGAUCCGUCCGGAUAAUAUAAGUGCACUGCAGUUAGUAGCCAAGUUCCGGCUUAUGCUGCACGUAAAUGGACUGGCCGAAAGCGACAAACGGGAAUAUGAUGGGUUGCAUAAUCUGCUGCUGUUGAACAAUCUGGAAGUUCCCCAGUUGAUAGGAGAGUUUGCCCCACCCUGCUCGGAUAUGUUCGAGCGGUGCAUGUGGAAGGGCACCCAAUGGCGAUGUGACAACCUGUUCCAGAUGGUCAAUACCACCGAGGGGCUGUGCUGUUCGUUCAACUACUACGGAACGAGGGGCAGCAACUUUGAUAAAAAAUUAUCAACGAGCGUCCCAACCGAACCAAGGCGCGUCACCGCCAGUGGUUACCAAACUGGACUAUCGCUGAUUCUCAAUCCAGAUGUUGCUAACUACCAUACUACCGACAUUGCUACCACAGGAUUCAAACUGCUGAUUCACUAUCCCUACGACUUUCCGGACGAAAAUGCCGAGACGAAAAUAGUCAGUUCCGCUACGGAAGCCUACGUUUCGAUUGUUCCAAAGGAAACCUACACCACGAUCGAUGCGUUUUCCUUGAAUCCAACGGAUCGCAAUUGCUACGCCUACAAUGAGGUUCAGAUGAGCACCAUGGAACGUUACUCGUUCGUCAAUUGUAUGGUGGAAUGCCGGGCUGAUCAGAUUUUCCGCCAAUGUGGAUGCGUUCCGUACAAUCUUCCGAGCAAUGGCACGAUGAAAAAUUGUGAAAUGAUCGAUAUGCCUUGCCUGUCGGAAAACUGGGAGCUCUACCAAACUGCCAUCCCGCUGCUGAAUUACUCAGUGACCAAACUGGGGGACAGGGUUCCUCAAGUGUGCGAUUGCCUUCCGAGCUGCGAAACGGUCCAGUACCCCACUGAGAUGAGCUAUGGAAAAUUGAACCGAACAUUUUCGUACAAUUCGUUGGCUUUUUUCAAAGAUAUCAAUUUAACUAAUCAAAGUGCGGUGCAUAUUUAUUUUAACGAUUUGGUUUCUACUCGCUUCCGAAAGGACAUCUAUCAAAACUGGCUUGGAACGUUGGCAUCCUUCGGGGGAAUUUUGGGGUUGUUCCUCGGAUUUAGCAUAAUAACCGCGUUCGAAGUAUUUUACUUCUUCAGCAUCAGGGUACUGUUCGAUGUUUUCGUCAAACGGAGUGAGCAUAAAGAAAGAGAAUCUAACGCCAGAGGAAUCGAUCACCCAGAGUGAACGAAUCGAAGCUGCAAGCAUAACGAUAGGCGUUUCUUCCAUUGAGCUGGGAGAAACUCGAUGAAAAAGCAUUUGGGAAUCACGUGUGGAUGACACUCAAAUAACAUCAAAAUAUAAAA